GUGCGUACAGAUGUGGGAACACGUGGUUCCUUCAAGCAGCCUUACGGGCGCACUACUUCCUCUCACGUUUGGAUUCCUUCACUUUUUGAGUUUCUCCCGUUACUGCUGCGGUUACCACAAGAGUGCUGAGCUGGACUAGGAUACAACCUCACUUCGGCAUCUUUCCAAACUACCAGAUAAAUAAGAAGAUCGUGCUGUUCUCUUGCUCUUGUAACUCCUACUUGCAACAAAGUGCUUUACUUUUUUUGUUGCAGCAUCUGAGGCGCAUCUGAAGUUACCUGCGCUGUAGGAGAUCGUCCGCACGGUGAAGAGUCACGCAUGGAGCUUUGAGUUGUAAUUUCUACUACUCUAGAAAACAGUGGAUAUUGGGAUACUACACAGAUCCAAGGUGCCGUGCGCUCAAAGGGAGCUUUUGGGCAAAUGCCAUUGCGAUGCUGUGGAUGUGACUUCAAACAACAGCUUCACAACGGUAGAGUCCUGAAAACCACAAUGAAAGACGAAUUUGCUGAUGAGGACGAGGUGCAGUCCUUUGGAUAUAAGAGGUUUGGAAUUCAGGAGGGUACAGAGUGCACCAAGUGUAAAAAUGACUGGGCACUGAGGGCGGCUAUUGCACUGCUCUAUGUGCUCUGUGCCCUGCUCACCAUAGCAGUGGCUGUCCUCGGAUACAAAGUGGUCCAGAAAAUGGACAAUGUCACAGAGGGCAUGCAGAAUUAUGGAGGCAAGAUCAAUGCUGUGGAGACCGACUUAAAGAAGCUAGAUGAUCAGGCAGGAGAGAAGUCUGUUAAUGCCACAAGUGACAUUGAGACUUUCAAGUCAGAUCUAGAGGCAUUACAGAACCAACUGAAUGAAAUUGCAGUCAGGGCAACAAGAAACAGGGACAUGCUGGAUGAGCUUCGGAUCACAGGAGAUGACCUUGAAAACGGCCAUGUCUCCCUGCAGAGUUUUCUGCAAGGCAACGCUGCCUCACUGCGUGGGGUCAACCAGACCCUGGCCUCCUACAGCGGCAUGAUUGAUGACCUCCAGACAGACACCGUGCGGCUCCAGUCAGAGAUACAGGGCCAGGUCAAAGAGCAGAGCCAGACCCAGGUUAGCAUCAGUGCACUAAACAUUACCCAGUCCCAGCAGCGUAAUCUUCUCGGCACACUGCAGAAGACAGUCGAAGACGCAGGCCAGGCAGUGCAGAAACUGAAGAAUGACUAUCAGGGUCUGCAGCAGACAGCCAGGCAGACCCGGGCUGACACAGAAUGGCUAAAGGAAAAGGUUCAGAAUCUCCAGGUUUUGGCAGCCAACAACUCAGCCCUGGCCCGGUCCAAUGGAGAAGCUCUGGAUGACUUGGGGGCUCAGCUCAGCACGCUAGCCAGCCAGAUCCAGAACACCUCAGUUCUCACCGAGGGCCAUGACCAGAGCCUGCGUGAGCUGAUGGACCACCAGAGAGACCACGAUAACGCCACCUCGUCUAAGUUUGACGAGAUGGAAGCACGAUUAGACAGACAUGAGAAUGACAUGGACCGCGUGACUGGAAACGUGAGCUUUGCCUCGCAGCUCCUGGGUGCCAUCAGCUCCGACCUGAAUGGCCUGAGGUCCUGUGCUGAGACAGUGAUGCGACAUUCAGACCUGCUCCUGGGGCUGAACGAUAGCGUGACGGAGGCCAGGGCAGACAGCAAGGAGCUGCGCGCCCAGCAGGAUGAGCUGACAGCCAGGCUGGACAAAGAGGUCAGCAACCUCUCUAUGGUGAUGGAGGAGAUGAAGCUGGUGGACAGCAAGCACUCGCAGAUCAUCACCAACUUCACCAUCCUGCAGGGUCCACCAGGUCCCAGGGGCCCCAGGGGUGACAAGGGUCCACAGGGGCCAGUGGGCCAGUUAGGACAGAAGGGUGAUAAAGGAGACAAAGGGAUUCCAGGGUUGCUUGGACCUAAAGGAGAGAAAGGUGCUGCUGGACUACCAGGUAUUCCAGGUCCAAAGGGCGCACCUGGGGCUCGGGGUCUUCCUGGUGCUAAAGGGUCGAGAGGGUCUGGAGGACGACCUGGAAGCCCUGGUGAAAAAGGUGACCCCGGGGCUCAGGGGCUUCCUGGUAGGGAUGGACAGUCAGGAAUGGCAGGACCACAAGGGCCACAGGGGCCCAGAGGAGCAGCAGGACCUGCAGGGUUGGAGGGGCCUCGUGGUCCUGUUGGACCCAUCGGCCCACCUGGUCCUCCAGGGCUACCAGGGAUACCGGCGCCUUUAGUUCCUCAAAUUUCCAAGGCUCCUCAGCCCACUCAACCCACUCAGGUCUCUGAACCCCCCAAACCACCUCAACCCCCCAAACCAGCAGAGGAACCACAAGGCACCGUCUCCCGGCAGGUCCAGCCCCCUGUCACUGUUACUCCAACAACUGGUUGCCCAUCUGGGUUCAGAAAGUUUAGAGACAGCUGCUACUACUUCUCCUCUGGGGCUCAGAGACUCAACUUUGACGAGUCCAACCAGUUCUGUACUAACAUAUCGUCUCAUAUGCUCAUUAUUAAUGACAACGAGGAACAGCAAUUUGUGAGAAAUGCAAUUGCAGGAAAAGGCUAUUUCUGGCUGGGCCUUACUGACAGGGUGGAGGAAAAUAUCUGGAAAUGGGUGGAUGGAACUAUACCUGUUUUCAAGAAGUGGAAGCCUGGCCAGCCUGAUAACUGGACCCACGGCCACGAAGCAGGCGAGGACUGUGCUGGCCUUAUCCAUAAUGCCAACUGGAAUGAUUUCUACUGCACUGACCGCAUCGGGUUUAUCUGUGAACGUGCCUCUGACUUGACGGUUCCAGUUUUAUAGCAUCCACCUAAGGCAGUGUGAGCUGUCUGUGGGAGAAAGGUGAAGAGGCUGAAAUUGAGGUUGAACAUGCAAGGAUAAUGACUCUCUGACACUCUGAUGAACUCAGCUCAGUCGAGCAUCACUGAGACUUGGACUGAUCUUUGUCAUAAAGACACUUUAAAACACAGUAUGGUGCAAAAGACAGAUCAUGCACAGACCCAGCCGACUAUUGUAUUGAUUUAGUAUUUGUACUGAAGGAACAUGAGAAUAUAGGCAUUUAUUGAGGCUAUGCUAAGUCAUUAUUUGGUGCAG